AUGAAGAUCAACGUUCAACCCAUUGUCAACAGCAAGAUUAUCCGCAAGAGCAUCAUUGGAGGCCAACGUCAUGUACUCAACGGUCCCUUUGGCCCCAAACCAAUUGUUUAUGCUGACUCCACUGCCAGUGGACGGUCCUUGUCCCUCAUUGAAGACUACAUCCAAGAGUGUGUUUUGCCUUUCUAUGCUAACACGCACACCGAAGCAUCUGAGACUGGAUUGCAGACUACCACCUAUCGUGAAGAUGCUCGUGGUGCCAUUCGAGAAGCCUGUAAUGCCCCCCAGGAUGAGUAUGCUGUCAUCUUCUGUGGAUCUGGAUCCACUGCUGCCAUGAACAAGCUGGCUGCUGUCAUGGGGAUUUCACCUCUUGCUGCUUCCAUAGAGGAACCUUCCCAGCGUGGGGUUGUCUUCAUCUCCGCACAAGAGCACCAUUCAAAUGAACUGCUCUGGCGUGAAUGUGGCAAUGUUGAUUGUGUUGUCAUCCCUCAAGAUCCCAACACAGGCUUGUUGGAUGAACAGGAACUUGUCCAGCAGCUUAUUCUCUUCAAAGACCGCCCGCUCAAACUUGCCUCUUUCUCAGCGGCAUCCAAUGUGACAGGAAUCCGAUGCGAUACCAAGACUGUGACCAAGUUGGUUCAUGAGCAUGGAGCACUGGCUGUUUGGGACUUUGCUGCUGCAGGACCUCAUGUGGUUACUGAUCUCCAAGAACAUGAUAUGGAUGGAGUCUAUCUAUCUCCCCACAAGUUUGUUGGAGGACCGGGAACUCCAGGAGUCCUGAUUGCCCGCCGUUCCCUUUUCACCAAUGCUGUCCCUACCGUUCCCAGUGGGGGAGUUAUCAACUUUGUCCAGCCCCACCACCAUGAGUAUCUUGAUGACAUUGAGACUCGAGAAGAAGGUGGAACUCCAGCCAUUGUUGAAUCAAUUCGUUGUGGAUUGGUCUUUGGGCUCCACCACAAAGUUGGCGGUGAUUGGAUUGAACAACACGAGAACAACUUUUUGCGGAAGGCAUUCAAGUCCUGGCAGCAGAACAGCAACAUUGUACUUCUGGGAAACACUGAUGCAAAGCGAGUGCCCAUUGUAUCCUUUCUGGUGAAAGCCCCUGGUACCAGUGGAAGUUUCAUCCACCACAACUUUGUUGUGGCCUUGCUCAAUGACCUCUUUGGUAUUCAGGCUCGUGGAGGGUGCAGUUGUGCCAUGCCGUAUGGACACCUCUUGAUGGAUAUCGACAAUGUGGAAUCUGACAGGAUUUUUGGUGCCAUGAAAGACCUUGGUGAUGCACUCAAACCAGGAUGGACUCGUGUGGCAUUCUCUUACUACAUGAGUGAAGAGACUGUCAAGUACAUGAUUGAUGCUGUCAAUCUCAUUGCCAAUGAAGGUUACAAGCUGAUGUCUCACUACAAGCUGAAUUUCCACAGCGGCCUUUGGAAGUACAGUAGCAGCAAGGAUGCUUACCAGCAACCGAAGCCUAGGCACUUGUGGGAUUUUGGUUCAGCCUACACCAAACCAGUAACUGUCACAAAGAAAGAUCUCAAGGCUUGCAUGGAGCAUGCCAAGAUGGUCCUAGAGAUGAGUUCGGAUCCUAAGUUUCUGCCAGUCUCUGAUGCCUACUUGGCCCAAGGAUUUGAGCAAGAUGAAGUUCAGAAGAGCAAGGACUUGAUUUGGUUUGUUGUGGCCAAGAGCUGCGAGGAUGAUGACAGCCUCUCCUCUACUAAAGAUGUUUCUCUGUUUCAUAGCCAGUCUCCAGUGGAAGAGUCAAUCGUCGUGAAGCCAGGUAGCAGCAAGAAGACUGGGCACAAGAAGUCAACCAAACAAGACAAGAAGCCACUCGGCUGGUUUCGAAGUGCCUUUGCCUCCAAAAAGAAGACCCAAACUCCUGACAUGUUGGCUGAAGUGACAGAAAUGAUGUCGAUUGGGAUCUCCGAUGCAUCAGUGACGCAGGAAGACAUUUGGGUUUAG